CACCUGGAGUCACAUGGUCCCAGGAGCCAGCCGCUUGGGCUGCAGCAGGCAGGAACGCUGCCUAACGGUCCUGGCAGUUCUGGGCCAGAUCCAAAGACUUGACAGCUGGGUCUGGCCCACAGGCCAUAUUAUGCCUGCCCCUGCCCUGGGCUCUGGUGGUUUCCAUAGCUGAUGCUCCAUAGGGAUCUAGGAGUGUUAAGGAACAGAGAAUCCGAUGUGCGAAUCCUGGAUGAUGCAUUGCAACAUACUCUUGAGACUGUUAAACACAUAAAGAUCACUGUGAACCCAACCUCUUCUAUCCAGGUUACAACCUUAGGAACAGACAACUUAACAAUUUAUGAAUCACAUACUAUACCUUUUGGAUCAGAAGAAAAGAAAGAAGAAAAAACCCUGAAGAGCCUCGUGGCGAUUCUGCAGGAUAUGAUACAAAAUGUUCCUACACAGGCUUCACCAACUGAGCAAACACUCUUUACACCCAAUAUAGUAAAAUCAUAUGUCAAUCAGAGUAUUGACUCCCUUUGGUUAAAUGUAGGCCAAAAAUAUGGUAUAAAACAAAAGAAGUCAAAGAAAAAAUCUGCUGUUACGAAAAAAAUUACUGUAUCUACAACAACACCAUUUUGGAGACUUCGAACUGACACUGACGUUUCGGUUGUUUUACACACUAAUGAGUCUUCUAGCUCAACAACCCCCCUGAAAAAAUUAUUUAUGACAUACGAAAAUGGUGUUUUAACAAAAAAGAGUAAAACUUUUGAUCAGUUAACAAAUGGAUCCCUAGAAAAUCUGGUGCAGUCUUUAAAGUAUGUACAAAAACUCAAAGAAACAGAAAACAUCACCAAAAAAGUAGAAAAACAGAAACAUGUUGCAAAGGUGAAAAAGCUACAUGUAUAUGACACUGUGAAACAUCAACCCGUAGGUGAAGCAAUCUUGGAAAAGAUUAAAAAGCUAAAAAAAUUGUUACAGAAACCACCAGAUUAUGUUAAACAAAAUCCACAUCUCAAAGAGUAUGUUGAAUCAUCUGAAAGCUAUAUAAAGAAAGCUCUUAUUGUGGAAAAAGAAGCGGAGGCUUCUCUAGGUCAACUGUAUCACCAGCCUAAACCAUCACCUCCAGAAGAAAAGGUAGAAGAGAAAACAGUAGAAGUAGAAGAGGACACAGCAGAAAUCAGAAAGCUAAGAGCAUUUAUUAACCUGCUGUAUGAUUUUAGUCCUCAGCUAACUACAUAUAUUGAUAGUUCCAACAAGAAAUAUGUCCCAGAGGAUAUUAGUAAAAAAGCUACGGCUAUUCUUGAUGCUAUGAAACAUGUUUUCUGUGGAAUUCAGGCAGAGCAAAACAAAAAAGUGUUGAAAAAGUUGCUAGAGGAUGAUAUAAAGCUUUUAAAUAUAGUUCUUAAGAACCACACAUAGAUUCUUUACAAUAGUUAUUCUGCAUUUAUUUAAAGAUCAAUUUUCUAGUUUGUCAUUGUCAUCUAGGCCUGAUCUUUGUUGUAUUAAUAUUCAUCUCAGUAAUUAAACACCAUUUUCAAAAAU